AUGGAUAUUGGUGAUCACGAAUUAUCAGACGAGGAUGGGCCUGAUAAUGAAAUGUUACUUGAUGUAAUAGAACCGUUGACGGAUAGUGAUUAUAAUAGUGAUGAUAGUGAGGAUGAUACAGAUAUACCAUCAACAAUCUUAUUUGACUUCAGUACUGAUGGAGCCAAUAUAUACAAAAAUGUUCAAUACGAUAUUUAUCCUAUACAAUUUAGAAUUUUUAAUAUUCCUGAUAGAAGUCCUAUGAUUGCGGGAUUAUACGCAGGAAAAAAGAAACCUGCUAAUUUUGCAGACUUUUUAGAAGAUUUCAAUGAAGAAUUAUUAGAUCUUAUUAGAGAAGGAAUAUGUUAUAAAAACAGAAUAAUCAAGCUAAAAGUAAGAUGUUUUAUAGCUGACACACCCGCAAGGGCUGAUUGCUUAAAUAUUGUUGGACAUACGGGCUUCAACAGUUGUCAUAAAUGUAAAAUACCUUGCGAAAGACGCAAAACUGAUUCAUCAGUCAUUUUCAAAGGAGAAAAUUAUCCAGCAAGAAAUGACAACGAUUUUCGACAACUUAAAAAUCCCGAGCAUCAUCGCGGUAAAUCUGCAUUAGAUAGUUUACCUUUAGGACCAGUAAGUCAAACACCUCACGAUUACAUGCACUUGGUGUGUUUGGGACUUAUGAAGAAGAUAUUUGAAGCAUUAAUAGAAGGAAAAUUUCAAUCUAAAAAAUUAUCGCCAGAUGUGAUAUUACGAAUUUCAGAUCGCCUGAUCACUCUUGCUGAGACCAACUAUUAUGCUUGA